GGAUAAAAGGAGAGGGAGGUGGCCCAGUCUCCUAUCUUGUUUCCCAGGCGCUGCAUCUCUUGAUUUCUUCCUAGGUGCCACCUCCACCAAAGACUCCAGCAAGGCAACAUGCCUCCCAAGAAGCCCGAGCCUAAGAAGGAAGCGGCCAAGGCAGCCCCUGCCCCCGCCCCUGCCCCAGCCCCUGCCCCAGCUCCUGAGCCCCCCAAGGAACCUGCCUUUGACCCCAAGAGUAUCAAGAUAGACUUCACUGCUGACCAGAUUGAGGAGUUCAAAGAGGCCUUUUCGCUGUUUGACCGGACGCCGACUGGAGAGAUGAAGAUCACCUACGGGCAGUGUGGGGACGUGCUGCGGGCCCUGGGCCAGAACCCCACCAACGCUGAGGUGCUGCGCGUCCUGGGCAAGCCCAAGCCGGAAGAGAUGAAUGUCAAGAUGCUGGACUUUGAGACGUUCCUGCCCAUCCUGCAGCACAUCUCCCGCAACAAGGAGCAGGGCACCUACGAGGACUUCGUGGAGGGGCUGCGUGUUUUCGACAAGGAAAGCAACGGCACAGUCAUGGGCGCUGAGCUUCGCCAUGUCCUUGCCACCCUGGGAGAGAAAAUGUCUGAGGCCGAAGUGGAGCAGCUGUUAGCUGGGCAAGAGGAUGCCAAUGGCUGCAUCAAUUAUGAAGCCUUCGUCAAGCACAUCAUGUCUGGGUGAAAAAGGCCCCUCCAGGGUGCCUGGCCCGUGGACCUAGGCCGCCGCCCAGAGUGAGUUAGAGAGAGGCCCUGAGUGACUGAGCCAGAGCGGGAGUUCGGGGCUUAUCUUUGCUCCACAGCCCAAGGACCUCAUGGUCCCAUAGCCCUCCCUGUGAAUAAACAGCUUCAGAAAGGCUGGGCCAUGUUCCUUGAUCCCAA